UCUCUGCCAAUUAGCUGACUAUUGGCGUUGUCCAACCCCGACACUUUGUUGAUACGUGAUUACGUGAAUUAUUUUUGCGAAUUAAACGGACUCCUAUUAAAUUCAGCCCACAAUGUUCUCGCACACGCGUGUUCUGCGCCCGGCCCUGGGCCGCUGCUACAGUCAGAUCAAGGGUGGCCCCGUUUCGGGCGGCGGCAGAGCCAGUGCAACAGGAUCAGGAUCUGGCUCCUCCCAGACGAGCCCAUCCUCGCCAGCGGUUGUGGGUCUUACCAGCAACUGUGUAAAGCCCACGACUGGACCCGUGGGACCUGGGGCCUCUGCCACAGGAGGCUACAAGGUGCCCGAAUACUACAGCUUUAAUCGCUUCAGCUACGCCGAGGCGGAGGUGGAGAUGGCCAAGUAUCGCUGCCCGCAGCCCUCGGCACUGAAGUAGGAAAUUCAUAAUGCAACCAAAUUGUAAUUGUUAAUAAAAAAUCAAGUUAAAGAGUUCAAAA